ACUUGUCCCAACAACUAAAAUAAAUAUUUUUAUAGUAAAAUCUGGAUUGGCUGCCGCAAGCAGUCAAUAGUAGUCGAUGGCAAGGAACAUGUUCAACACCUUUUUAAUACUCUGCAGUCAUUUGAAAUGUCUAAAACAAUUUUAAGUUUAAUUUUGUAUUUUAUUGUUGUUGGCUGUAUAAAAUGUGAUUACUAUUCGUCAAUUUCGGGUUUAGAGACAUUGCUGCGAGUUGAAAAUCAUUAUAUGUGGGCCAUUGGAAAACAUCUUGUCGAAGUGGAACGAUUGCAAACGGAGUUGGAUAGAUUAAUAGAUGAACUGGAUACAGAGUAUGAGAAACGCCAACAAUCGUCGGAAUUCUACUAUGACUAUCCUGUGAAUGCCUUUAAGGCCAUUAAUAGAAUUGCAGCUGAUUGGCAGGAGGUUUUCAAGUUGACAAGGCAAAUCGAGAAUUUAACAAUUUAUAAUGAGUCGUCGCAUAUUCCGGAGGACGCAGUUACACUGCCAACAGAUGAAGAUUUGCGAGGAGCCGCCAGAGGUUUGUCACGACUCCAACAGCUAUACAAAUUGGAUAUUACAAAUAUCACGGAUGGCUAUUUAAGGGAUCGAAAAUAUAGCUCUGAAAUGUCAGCCUUCAAUUGCUACGUUUUGGGUAAAAGUUUAUAUGAAUCUGAAGAAUAUUUAACAGCCAGCGAAUGGUUAAUUGAGGCCUUGGAAAAAUCUGAAAAAGAAAAUGAAAAAAGCAACAAUGCGAAAGCGUUUGAUGAUAGCAACAUAAAUGGCGGAGACAUUGAGAACACAACCGAUGGUAUUUUCCCCUACGUCAGCAUUGCCGAAAUUUUAGAAUUUUUGGCUCCGGCUUUAUUUUAUGCGGGUAAACAUGAGUUGGCUUUGGCUGUUAAUUCAAAACUGCUUUCCCUGGAACCAGAUAAUUCAAUUGGUCUAUCAAAUAGAGAUCUCAUCACAGCCGAAACUAAAAUUAAAAGACGUACGAGUUUCAUUGAAGCUAAGUACGAUAAGUCGGAAAUACAAGAUCUCUACGAACAGACGUGCAGUGGCGAAUUUGAACAACGAAUUGCUGAAAAAAGCCAACUACAUUGCCAUUUUACCACCAAAAAUGUGCCAUAUUAUUUAUUAGGUCCCCUGAAAAUGGAAGAGCUGAACACAGAUCCUUUUGUGGCAGUAUACCAUGAUGUGAUUUAUGAUAAAGAAAUCAAAGAAAUUAUUGCUAGAUCUAAAUCGGACAUUGAGCGAUCUACAAUUGGCAGUGAGGAUAACAGCGAUAUCAAUGAAGUGCGCAUAAGUAAAAACUCUUGGCUGGCAUAUGACUCCGCUUUAAUGGCUAAGAUAUCACAGCGUGUAGCCGACAUCACAGGUUUGAGUAUGAACAUGUCCGAAGAUAUGCAGGUUGCAAACUAUGGCAUAGGCGGAUACUAUGGAACACAUUAUGAUUUUUCAGAGAAUCCAGAAGAAGAUAACCCUGACGAUGGUAAUCGCAUAUUAACUGCCAUGUUUUAUCUUAAUGAUGUGGACUUAGGAGGAGCAACAGCUUUUCCCCAUUUACGACUGGCCGUGCCACCCAUCAAGCAUAGUUUGGUUGUGUGGUAUAAUUUACAUAGAUCAUUGGAGCCAGAUUUUCGUACAGCCCAUGCAGGUUGCCCCGUAUUGAAAGGUUCCAAAUGGAUUGGUAACAUUUGGUUUCAUGCGGUGGGCCAGGAGUUAAUAAGGCCAUGUGAUUUAAAACCCGAUCAUGACAUAUCUAAACCCCACAUGGCUAUGGGAGUGGAUUAAUAUCAUAAAUUUUGUCAAAUUGAAUUGUAAAUAAAAAGGUUAUUAAUAAACGAAA